UCACCCUCUCGAAGCCUCAUAUGUAUGCCGUCCAAGUAUAUCAGCCGCGCCGGUAAUCCUCGCUGUAAUCCUCAACUCGCAAUCGUUCGCGUGAUACACCAGACCUCCGAAACUCACCGAUUAUUACACAUUUAGAAAAGCGACGACGAAACUCGUGCGAAUUGCGAGAAUUUUUAUGCGAAACGUAGCAUUCCGAGAGCCAGGAAAACUUCUCUUCGAUCCAACACGAUUUUGCACACUUGCCGCAAUGAGGAUCGACUUUUUCCCAACUUUGUGACACUCAUCGACACAUUUACACCGCAGAAAUUAUUAUUAUUAUCACGAAUUUUGUGAAAAUAAAAUUGGUUAACGUGCGCGAGAGGAAACAGCAAUGUUGAUGAAAUUGGGAAGAAGCGUGUCGACGGCUUUGUCGUUCGGUUAACGAACGGAGUUACGAGAAAGUAAGAGAGUAUGCCGCGAUGGCUCCUUGCCCUUGACGAGCCAGCAUCCGAUCCAUGCGUUAUUAUACCAAUAUAGCGUAACGAUACGUGAAGGCAGGGCAGGUUUUUACGAGGCACGUGUGUGCGUGCAUUCCCCUGCCGGCCUCUCACGAGGUGAUGCUCCAACGUGGUAACAAAACGGUAACGAGCAGCGACGUCGGAUCGGCUAACGUCCUGGAUCCGCAGCACAAUCAUCAGCUUCAUCGGGAUUCUUCGCGGUUCAACGAAUGGAUAGAUCCCACGUCUGAUGGGACGGACGCGGAAGUGUCGCACUUGGUGAACGAGCCGGUAAAAAAACAAACGAAUCAGAAGACAUGCUGCAGAAUCUCGACGAGUUCGGGCUAUUCGAGCCAAUCGCCGCCACUAUCGGCGGGCUCUUGUUACCCGGGUUGUUGUCCGAAUCCUGGAAUUGCGAAGAAUACAUCAACGGUCCCAUCUCAGAAUCAGCAUCAACGCCAUCAUCAUCAUCAUCAUCAGCAUCCAUCAGGGAACGCUCGUGCGAGCAGCGCAGCGGUAUCGCAGAAUCAGCAACAGCAAUCUCAGCCUCCGACAGUAAAUGGUACAAACUUGGCUGUGAUUCACGAAGCGGAGACGAUACCGCGUCCCAUAUGGCCGUACAUGGGAGACGAUUUUGGAGAUAUUCGUGGCACCGUCGAUCCUUCGAGUCGUUGCGAAAUGUUGGACUGCGAGAUUGCAGGAGCUCCUACCGAAAAUCGCGAGGCGACGUGCAAGCAUGAAAACAUUUAUAGCUGCUGCGAUUAUUGUCGAGCUUGCGGACCAAACGCUUACAGCGAUUCGUGUGUGAACAACGGCACAGCCUCUUCCGCUCGUGAAGUACUGUUGGAACUUUCGAGAACCCUCAACUCCGUUAUCGAAGCCGAAAACCAUUUGACAGCGGAAGAAAUCCUCCGUGACAUUUCCAUAACCGUCGCUCGUAGCAUCAACAAUCAGCCAAAGGAAGAUCCAGCCUUGUCCUCGGUCGCGUGCGAGGAUUACAUUUAUCGCUUAUCCUCCUCCUCCUCCAGUGGCGCCGGCAAGGAAUCCCUAGUUGGUGUUAAUCCAGUCAAUCUUCGGGUUUACGGAAAACCAAAAUGGCUCCACGUGCCAGUCUCCUCGAGAUCAUCCUCCCAGUGCCCCUACGAAGUGAAGAAUCUUUUGACCGCGACACAAAAAGCUUCUCGCACAACGCCCGCCCACGGAGGAAAAUCUACGAGCACCCCCGGAAUACGAAAUCCCCUUGGAAAUGCUGUCACACCCGAAGUCUUCCUCGUACCUCAUGCCAAUUCCGUUUAUUCAAACAUUCCUCACGUUUAUCGAGCUAACCAACCCAAAAUUGGUGAGUGCAAAGCGACUAGAAGCCAAAAUAUUUCCCCUGGACAAUUCAAUUCUGGUUGUAAAGGUAUUACGAGUCCGAUUGGAAGAUUGAAUGGACGGCCGAACGACAAUUGCGGAGAUAAAUGUCCGCCCGGAGAACCCGUUUACUCGACGCUCGACGGCAGUGACGAGAGUUCCUCGUACGGUGCGAUCGGCGAUUCAUCAGCGAAGAACGUUUGGCCCGAGAGUUCAAAGGUCUUCGAUCCUCAUCUCGAUUUCACAUUGGACGGCCACCGGGCUGAGAGAUUGGGCCGCGCGAUCGCCAAAGCCAAACGAAAACGGCAGUGGUGCCGCGGGCUCACGGCAAUGUUCGGGCUAGUCUUUUUCGUUUUAAGCGUAGUCGUUGUCUCGUUGUCCGUUACGAAAGGACGCAAAGUAUUCGGUAGCAUGUGAACGACUCUCGCGGGAUCAUCGUUUUGCCCAAUAUACAAAGAUCGUACCUUCGAUCAUAACACUUUACGCGAAUAUAUCGAAAAUCAAUGGCUUCCAUGAAUUUUUCUAAGGCUAUUUAACAAGAGGAAAUAUUAUAUUUUUUUGUAAUUUUCGAAUCAAAAUUAUACGAAACGAUUAGAAUAUUAUCGAACUGAAGAUGCCUUUACGCUUGGCAAGUUAGGAGCAUUUUUUCAUUAUUUUAUCGAAUUUUGAUCGAAUUUAAAUGAUCUUUUCAUUACAAAAAGUAUUGUUCGUGUCAAAAUUCAUGCAACUAGCCAAGUUAUUCGUACAUGCAAAUUUUUCGUUUGCAGCUAUUAUUUUAAAUAAUAAUAAUAAUUAUUAUUAUUUGUGUAAUCAAUAAUUAUCACGAGUGUGCUUUUGUCGUGUCCUGAUGACACACCGGAUAUCACUCAUAUUUCUCAGUACCUUAUUAUCGUAUUCUACUAUUAAAUAGGACGUGCGGACUUAAUCCUGCUAAGAUUUUGUCCCGCAAAGCAAUAUAGUGGCUGUGACCAUGACGAUUUCACUUUUCUUGUUAUAUAUAUAUAUGUAUCUCGUGGAGAACGUACUGUAUAUCGCGAAGACAACAUAUUAAGCAGGCAAAAAAUAAACGAACUUAUUGUUUGAA